AUGACAGCUCUUUAUAAGCUUGCAUGCGAAGGAUGGAGCAAGGACACGCGGCAAGAUGCAGGUGACGACAUAAUAUCGCAGAAGUCUUUGGACGUAGUAAAAGGACUGAUACUUUUUUUGAAAGAACAUGCCAGAGUAGAAGGAUUAUUCCGUCGGGCAGGACGUCGCGAGCUUCGACGGUAUAUCCUAAAUUCUCUGAAAAAAGGACAGAAGCCUCACUUCGAACAUUUAAACAAUUCAGCUCUGGAAUGUGCGGCAGCCUUACAAAUUUUUCUCAGCCGUCUCAAGAAACCUAUUAUGCCGCAGCAUGUGCAGGCAUUGAUUCUCGCUGAUAAUCCAGGUGUGGAGACACAAGUUAUCGCGCAAGACGCUUUAGGGCUCAUUAAACAGGACGUCGGCGGUCGCCACGGCGAGCUUCUGACCGAUAUUCUGGAUCUCUUGAGACACUUGACUUUGUCGGGACCACCCUCGGAAUGUUCCGAAUUACGAGGAUCACCUUUGCCUAUCGCCCUUCUACCGGUGUUCUUUAAUCUAUCGUCUGGCGACUUGAUAAAAUGGAAGCAGGUUGCGGCUAGAUUUAGCGAAUUAAUUACAGAAGCUGCCGAACAACAUCGGAACGAACAACGUGCCGCUUGUACGAGAACUACGUUAAAUUCGAGAAUAAAUGUUGCGGACGUAAGAAAUUCCUAUUGGAAGGACAAUUAAAUUUUCAUUGAUAACUUUCCAUCUCG